GGGACGUCAGACUGUUCUGGGAGGCUCGAGGAUGUGGACUGGAGCUCGUGCCGCUGCGCUGAGCUGAGCGAGGUGAAAAUACGUUAAACCUGUCGUUAGCUUUAAGCUACGCGAGCUUUAUCAAGUCAUAUGCGACAGAAUAUAGAUUUAAACGCUUAUCGAGAACGCCCAGAUUUUAAUAACUCGAGUGUGUAAAAAAAGGCAAAAGAUUCAUAGUUUGGACGCAGGCUAACUGGCUAAGUGAGCCGUCGGCAAGACCCCACCACCCAAAGAUUGAAACGGAGAUUAAAGCCAUCAUCGAAUCUAUUAAAGAGGAUAACCAAUGUCACACACACCAAUCCUCUAACGCAGCGACGCCAAUGAACUGACAGGUGGAGUUUAUUUUCAUUCUCCAGCACACCCUCUGGAUGUGAUUGUGAGUGUGCAUAUGGUCUUCUGAAAGAGGAGAUAACUCCACAGAGUCAGAAAAGGAGGUGUCGACAUGGCUCAAGGCACUCCCUUGAGGCCGCGCCCCCCUGAGAUUCUUAUGUAAUGCCUCCUCAUCUGCUAAUAGAUAUCAGCUGGGCCUGAUACACACACAUAAACACGAUUACGGAAGUCCCUGAACUGUCCCAAGAGAGAAGUUGAACUCUUGUCCAUUGUUUUGAACCCCUCCUCCCACAAUCCCCACAUAAGCACCUGUACAUCCUGGGAUUCCUCCGCGCUCCAGCAUUUUCAUUUCACAAUUGCUCUACUGACCUGGAUCAAUUCCCUGGAGAUUUGAGGUGUGUGAGUGAAGUGUUGCUCUUCUCACCUGUUUUUGUCUCUGCAAGCUCCAUCAAGGAAGGUGUUUUUGCCGGACCAUUCUUCAAAGAGCGAGAAUUUGAUCUAAUCAGCCAUGCAGGUGUGAGCCUGUUUACUUGAAGAUACUGGCCUGUUCUUUAUAACUAUCCUGUGGAUCAGCAAUGCUUCGACUCAGAGACACACGGGGCUCCAUUUCUUAAGAUGCAGUGUAGUACACGUUGGUUGAAAUGAAGGAGAGACAUUUUUAUAUUUUCUGAAAGUGUGGACGGUGGGGGAAAACUGUUAAAGGUUGUGACUGCCGUCUGAUUUCUUCAUUGUCGUUGCUCCCUUCAAAACUGAACUACCCCAAAACUGAGACACAUCCUCUUGUACCUUUCUUUGUCUCUCGCCUUUUCAUUUUUUUAUGUAUAUUUUGGUGAUCUAUUCAACUCUCAUUCACAGCAGAAGAAAACAUUUUGCCAACUUUUGAAAUCCUUAAAUUGACAACAGGGCUGGGUGUCAAAACAUCAAACUCAAAUAAUAUAUAUUUAAAAUAUUUAUUAGCAUCACAAAAAGAAAAGUUCAUAAACAUUACUCUCCUCUACCUCUUAUUUCAUACAGUACCACCAAAUCUUUCUGAAAUUUUUGUUACAUUUUUAAGCAUUACUGAAGAUUUAAACCUUCGAAGUGGUUAGACAUUUGAGGAUUUUUAAAAAAAGAAGCAAUUCCCAUAUUCCAGUCAUUUUUCUUGGCAUUUCCCUAAGCCUUUUAAGUUUGCUUUUUCAAUAAUUCUUUUACAUGAUCAAAAUAGUAAUAUUUAGACUUGAGAAAAUAUAGAAAUUUUGAGCAAAUUUUGUUCUGUAAUUGGCUUUAUACAUUUAAUAUUUUAUAAGCGUCCAAACAUCAUAAACUUUAAUUCAAGAAUUUGCUGAAACCCAAAAUUUCUUUUUGAAAUAUUUAUUUUUUAACUUUUUCCAAAUUCUCUCUUUUAAGGAUUUCUUUUUUUUAUGGUACUGUUAAAACAAUGCUCAUCUUGUGGCCUUUUUUAUAUUGCUAAAAGGACAACGACUUCUCCCUUAGUCUUUCUUUGCAUUUUUGCUGUCUCAACAACACAAACACACUCCCAAACGGAUAAUUUUCCGGGGCGUGCUGCCAUCCUGCCCCCUGGGUGAUGCCGAGCGGCAGCAUGAGUGGGGGCGUGUCUGGACCCACAUCCCCACCCCAGCCCACCGUUCCAUCCAGGCCUCUGCGGCCUAGUCGCUACGUGCCAGUCUCAGCGGCAACGGCCUUCUUGGUUGGAUCAACCACACUCUUCUUCUGCUUCACGUGCCCUUGGCUUUCCGAGCAGUUUUCUGUUGCUGUGCCGAUAUACAAUGGCAUUAUGUUUCUGUUUGUUCUGGCCAACUUCUGUAUGGCCACCUUUAUGGAUCCUGGCAUCUUCCCCAGAGCUGAGGAGGAUGAAGAUAAAGAGGAUGAUUUCCGGGCUCCUCUCUAUAAGACUGUGGAGAUUCGAGGCAUUCAAGUACGGAUGAAGUGGUGCUCCACAUGCCGUUUCUACAGACCCCCACGUUGCUCACACUGCUCCGUGUGUGACAACUGUGUAGAGGAUUUUGAUCAUCACUGUCCAUGGGUUAACAACUGUAUCGGCCGGAGGAACUACCGUUACUUUUUCCUGUUUCUCAUCUCUUUGACGGCUCACAUAAUGGGCGUGUUUGGCUUCGGCCUGCUCUUCAUUCUCUACCACACCCAGCAGCUGGAUAGAGUGCAUUCGGCUGUCACUAUGGCUGUCAUGUGUGUCGCCGGACUUUUCUUCAUUCCAGUAGCAGGCCUCACUGGUUUCCAUGUCGUUCUGGUGGCAAGAGGCAGGACCACCAAUGAGCAGGUGACGGGGAAGUUCAGGGGAGGUGUGAACCCCUUCACAAAUGGCUGCUUCAGGAACGUCUCGCAUGUUCUGUGCAGCUCACAGGCACCCAGAUAUCUGGGUAGAAAGAAGAAGGCUCAGACAGUGUCUGUUCAGCCUCCUUUCCUCCGACCGCAACUUACAGAGGCUCAACUGGCAGCCAAGGUGCUCGACAACGGAAUCCAUGGAGACCUACACCGGUCUAAGAGCAGUUUGGAGAUGAUGGAAAGUCAAUCUGCUGACGCAGAGCCUCCGCCUCCACCUAAACCAGAGCUCAGAUACCCUGGCCUGUCACGAGGACCUGGCGGACACCCUGAGGAGAGCAGUCUGUUGAAUAAAGCUCCGCCCACCCCCACCAUGUUCAAGUACAGACCCACCUACAGCAGUCCGGGAAAGAACCACACAGCUCUUACACAUGCAUAUGCCAACCAGAUGAGUCGUGGGGACAGUCUUAAAGAGUCCUCUUCCUCUCUCCUCCAGUCCAGUCAGCAGUCAGGCUAUCGCUCUGAGCCCAGUCUGGAUGGGUGUGAGGUGGGCGGAGCGGAGCGAAGCGGGGCCGAGCGAACAGGUGGGGGCCCUGGAGGACCUCCAUCCUCAGGGAUCCCAGGAUACUCUCUAGGAGGGCGCUCGUACCCCUCCUUCUCUGAUCCUACGGUGCUCGCCGGAGGGGCCUCACGGUCCUCCAGUGUUCGCUCUUCCCACAAUGCCCCACCAUCUGAGGCUACCACCUCCACCAGCUACAAAAGCUUAGCCAAUCAGACGCCACCACCGGCUCAUCGGAACGGCAGUCUUUCGUACGAUAGUCUGCUCACACCUUCCGAAAGCCCAGAAUUUGAAUCCGCGGCACCAGAGAUGACGCCAGGGCGACCGCGCGCGCCAGUACUCGGAUACAGUUCGCCCUUCCUGUCAGCACAGAUCGCCCAGCAACGGGAGGCUGAACUCCACCAGCCGUCUGCCUCCAGCGCCGUCCUCCUCGCCUCCCCACAGCAUGCCGUCUAUCUACGUGGCUCCACUUCUUCCCCUCCCGCUCCGCCUGAACGCGAGCGAGAACGCCUGCUGCACGACUCGCAACCGCACCACCAUCACCACCACCACCACCAUCACCACCAUCACCACCGGCCUCCUCGCUUUUCUCGACCCCCACUGCUCUCUGACUCGGGCCCGUCUCAGCCCUCGUAUCCAUACCGCACACGCUCCACUGACACGCCCCUGCCGCCCACCACCCACCCUCCACUCUCGCCACACCCCCCGCCACUGGGGAAGUCCCUGUCUUACUCUAGCGCUGCCGCUGCAGAGAUGCAGUACCGCCUGGUCCGCAAAGCCUCGGCCUCGGUCGGGGGAGGGGGCAUACAGGCGCCAAAGGACGAGAUUCAGAUGAAGUCAUAUAGCCGGACGAACGGGCAGCCGAAGCCACCGUUCAGCCCCUCGUCCCCCUCUCAUCCUGCCAGCGUGUCGACUCGCCCAGGUCAGGCAUAUUCCAGUGCUGGCUCUUCUCAGAGCCCCGCUCACAAGCCUGGAGGUGGGGUGAAGAAGGUGACGGGCGUCGGAGGGACCACUUAUGAGAUAUCGGUGUGAGAGAGCUGGUGUUGGACUCUUUUUCUUCACCAACAUAGCGGAGAAAAUCACGUGUGGCAGACUCAUUGGUGCCCAAGGGAAAGAUAUGGAUUUUUUUUUUUUUUUUUCCAAAAUAGAAAUCAAUGCUGACCAGCAGGUUUUGGUUGGAUAUGACAUGUAGGAGGAGGAGGAGGAUCAUGGGGGGCCUUUCAAGCCAUGACAUAAUAGAACUUCAAGACUCUUCAUCAGUAAGGAGCUGUAACACAUAACUGAUGUGACGGCAAAGGACCGGAUUUGCCUUUAAAAAAAGAUUUUUAGCCGACAUAAAUGUGUAAAUUGUUCUGUAUAGAGAAAAUAUGGUCACCGGUUUAGUUUUUUUUUUUCACAGAGUGGAAUUUGAUUUUUUACGAAAGGGGACCUGUGGCAUUCAGUAGCCAUUUCAGACCACUGUGAUUGGCAUGCGAUAAUGUAUCCAAUCAGCACCAGGGAAGCAAAACGGUAGAAAAGAAACGGACUAAUGCAUUAUUUAAAUGACAGCAGCCUUUUCAAAUUAGUGUUUUCAGAGUAAUUGCCUUGGAAAUUCAAGGAAGAAAUGUUUUUAUUUAAUUUUAUAUGACUUUAUAAAUAGUUAUUGAUAAGAUCAAAUUUUUUUGUUGUUUUUUUUACAAAGGCUGAUAUUUGUUCUCUAUGAACUUAAAUCGUAUAGAGGGAAGAAGAGCUGGUGGCACUCUAGAUCAGUCAAAGGGUUGCUCGUAGCAUAAAAAUGCUUUUGGCAUUGGACCUGUGGGACAUAUUUCAAAUUGUAUCCUGUAAACAUUGAUUGUUUGCCUCUUAGGUAUGAUUUAUUAUUAUUAUUAUUGUUGUUUUAUUAAUACAUGAGAGGCAAAUCUCACUGGUGGCCUUAAUUAGCCAGCCAUGUAGGAUUUAAAGCUUUCUUCUCACGGUGCCACUGAACACUGGGUAACCAUAUCAGUGCCCUUGGUGACAUAUCAGUGAUUGGACGGCAGUUGAGCCAGUCAGAGGAAGUUAGCUGUCAAUAUGAAUCAGUGAAAGCCUUUUAUUUUUUAUUAUUUAAUUCUUACCUAGUACAUUCAAAAAGAUUGUGACAUUUUGCAAGACUCAUUUCAAUCAUCGUCUGUCUUGUCGGGUGUAUUGAUCAACAUUUAGAUCAGAGCUGACCAAUCAGGGGACAGAAGUUAUUUGCUGGGUGAUACAAAAGCCAAUGAAUACACUUCUAGGAAUAUUUUGGAUCAAAAGAUGGACUGGGGGAGAGAAAGAAAAGAACGUGUACUGUACAGUUCAGUGUGAGUGAGCAUGGUUGUGAAUGUGUGUGUGUGUGUGUGUGAGAGAGCGAGAGAGAGAGAGAGUAUUGGUAAUAAACUCUUUAUAAAUCAGUUGUGCCUUUUGUGCAUUGCUUAUUUUUGUAAUGCAUAAACUUUGGAAAUGUAUAAACCA